AUGUCAGUGGAGGACGAUUCGCCCCCGGGAUGGAGGCGGGCCAGAAGCAACGACUGGGCCAGUAAUCCAAAGUAUAUCGAACUACAAGAAGAAUUGCGUUCCGGCUUCUCUACCAUCACCUCGGGCAUCACGAGCUGGGCAAGUUCACCAACCGCAGCACCCGGCGGCCUCAGCAAUUCACGCCCACGAGUGCAGUCAGUCGACCAAGGGUAUGAUUUCACCCGUGUCGCCAUUCCCAAGAGCCGCUUGUGCAUGUACUUGUCACACUGGCACACCGAGUGUGCCCCCCUCCUGGACAAGUUCGACGAGGCUCAGCACUUCGGCGUCCACCUACCUGUUGCGGCGCGGAAAUCACCAGCGUUAUUCUAUGCGCUCCUGGCCUUCUCGGCGCGGCAUUACGAGAGGACGUCUUGUCCUGGUGAUAUAGACGAUACCCUAGAGUUGUAUCAGGAAUCCAUUCGCCUGUUGGUGCCUGCACUUCAGACGGGAGAUGAUAACGUUCUUGGGACGGCAUGCAUUCUGGCUUGCCUUGAGCUCAUGUCGAAUGGCUCUCACGACUGGCGCCGACAUGCGCAGGGCUGCGCUUCCCUGUUCCUCCGCUUUAACGUCAACGGCUUCUCGACUGGCUUGCAGCAGGCCAUCUUCUGGUGCUAUGCGCGUAUGGACCUCUGUGGCGCAAUCAUGUCCUACGGCGCAAACAGCACUGUAUUGCCCCUUGAUUACUGGGUACCGGCAGCUGGCUUCGGCGUCGUAUCUCAGGACGACUACGUCAGGACUUUGUUCGCCCACAGGGGCUCGGAAUCACCCGACAUGUAUGCUAACUGGGUAGUCUACCUAUGCGCGCAGGCCUGUGACUUUUUGCACCGACAAACGCAAUAUCUCGAGAUGGGUAGAUUAGACGACCGCGACAGGGAGCCUUUCGACAAACAAUGGGUUUGGCUUUGGGAAGAGCUGCAGCAUUGGUAUCUCCACCGACCACCUGCUAUUCAUCCCAUAUAUGAGUGCUCUCCGACUGGAAGCGAAUGCUUUCCCGAGAUUCUCUUCACCCAUUGGGCUGCCAUCUCCAGCACGCAGCUGUAUCAUACGGCUUGCCUGAUUCUGAUCGACACUAGGGUAGAUGCCUGUGUGCCAGAUUUUCCACCUUCCUCAGGCCAGCCCUUCACUAUCGCUCGGUGGCAUGCCCGUCGCAUCUGCGGUAUCUCAACGGCCAAUCCCCACACAGCGAGCUUGGUCAAUGCUGUCCAGCCUCUCUAUGUCGCUGGUCGACUGAUGACGCAUCCCAAGGAGCAUCUGGCAGUCGCCCGUCUCCUAAAACACGUUGAGACGACGACGGGUUGGAGUGCCAUCUGGAGACUUGCCGACCUAGAGAGAGAGUGGGGUUAUGAGCCUGGUGAGAUCAGCUGA